CGACCGGCUGGCAGUACAGCCCCGUAUAACCUGGCUGAUUACCCUCCACCAGGCGCGGUUCCACCUUCGCCGCCGUAUGGUUAUCCCCCUCCUCCUGGACCAGAGUCAUACGUCUCUCGGCCCCGGAGGGCAGACGAGAAUGUCUAAACACUCAAUCUCCAUCGAUGACCCCCCGUGCGAGAAGGCGGAUAUCGCGUGCUGUGAGCCAGCCCCCUCAUUCUAAGUCAGUCGCUUUCGAUCUCAGCCCAGAAGAUGGUCGACCGAUGGAUCCGGGCUAUGAAACUGAUGAUAGUGAUUCUACGGUUGGGUCGCCGAGUGGAGGUCGUCGCCGCAGCCGUUACCGACGCCGUUCUUCCUCUGAAUCUUUUAAUCCUAGACUGAGACCUGACACCCAGCAAUCGUCCUCCGAAAAGAGUCAGAGAUCAAAGGAUCCAGGAAAAGAUUUGGAGUCGGACUCGGACUCGACGAUUGAUCUCCCUGAUCGUUUCGACCCACAAGGCCGACUUCUUCCCCAGCGCGAGGACGAUAUGUUCGCUGGUGGGCUCGAUACUUUGCUCAGGGGGAUAAAUAGAGUAUUUGUUUAGCUUUUCUGUUAUUCUACUUGUUUAUGGACUUUAUGAUUGUCUAUCGGGUGGCUUGUUAUAUUUUUGGCUUUCGUGUAACGUGAUGAUGACCUUAUGA